UAUCAGGAUUCGUCGGUUCUCCCGCAGGCUGAGGGAAAGGUAUGCUGAGCAGCCGUGGACACUACCAACGUCAGCUGCAGAGGGGUGGUCUUUUGUCCACUCUUGGUUAAAUGUAAACACCUCGACCGCACAAAGACAGCACAGCCGCUGCGUUCCUUUCAAAAAUUGAGGGAAAGAGGCGCCGUGUAGCAGACGCGUUUCCGCCCGAUUCCUUUGGAGUUUGUCACCCCUCCUACAGACGGUUGGGAAAUUCCCUCCACAUGUAUAGUGAUUUGUGAGAGUUGGGGAGCCCGAUGGGGUUGAGUUCGCAGCUCGGGAUUAUGUGCUAGACUGGCGAGCGCAGUACGUUACGUUAGAGGAAUCAAAGCAAGAGUUACAUGGAAGAAGGUGUGUUUGGGAAUACGCGGCAUUACCGUCACCAAAAAGAAUCGGGCAUUGGGGCUGCUGUGUGUUUGUGUGGUGUGAUUGUGUGUUGAUCCAGGAGAAACUGCUGGUUUGAAACAGUCAGGUUGAGUUUCUCCGAUCACAGGGUCUGAUUUUGUGUGUGUGUGUGUGUGUGUAUGUAUGUGUUUUUUUUAUGUGUGUGAGUUAUCUGAUCCCAUCGUGACUGGGAGGUACUCAGGGGUGGAGCUCCAGUGAGGGGCACAAAUCUACAGGCUGCAGCCUCUCAAACAUGAGCAAACUGACUUUCCACAAUAACAAGACGAUGCAGGACCGCCGGUGUGUGUGUGUGUUCCUCCCGAAUGAUGAAACGCUCAACGUAAUAGUCAGUGUUAAGACUGUUUGUCAGGAGUUGUUGGUGCAGGUCUGUGAUCUGCUCAGGUUGAAGGACUGUCACCUGUUUGGCCUCAGUGUUAUUCAGAACAAUGAACACAUAUACAUGGAACUGGGACAGAAGCUGUCUAAAUAUUGUCCAAAAGAGUGGAAACGGGAAGCCAGCAAGGGAAUUGACCAGUUUGGACCUCCUAUGAUUGUUCACUUCAGAGCACAGUAUUAUGUUGAAAACGGCAGACUUAUAAGUGAUCGCGUGGCACGGUAUUAUUACUACUGGCACUUGCGGAAGCAGGUACUGCAGUCUCAGUGCAUCCAGAGAGAAGAGGCUUAUUUCCUUAUGGCUGCAUUUGCACUGCAGGCUGACCUGGGAAACUUCAAACGGAACAAACACUUCGGUGCCUAUUUCCAGCCAGAAGCGUAUUUUCCCUCCUGGGUAAUUGCAAAGAGAGGAUGUGACUAUAUUCUCCGUCAUAUCCCAAACAUGCACAAAGAGCAGUUUGCUCUUACGGCAUCAGAGGCCCAGCUGAAAUACAUAAAGGAAGCAGCGCUCUUGGAUGAUGUGACUGUUCAUUAUUACCGCCUUUACAAGGAUAAGAAAGAGCUGGAUGCUUCUUUAACUCUAGGACUGACCUUACGUGGGAUUCAGAUUUUUCAGAAUGUGGGAACUGUCAGGCAACUCUUGUAUGAUUUUCCCUGGACCAACGUGGGGAAACUGGUGUUUGUGGGGAAGAGGUUUGAGAUUCUUCCUGAUGGUUUACCUUCAGCCAGGAAGCUCAUCUACUACACAGGCUGUCCUCUGCGCUCACGACACCUCCUGCAGUUGCUCAGCAACAGCCACCGAUUGUAUAUGAACCUACAGCCUGUGCUGAAACAGGUUCGACGACUGGAGGAAAAUGAAGAAAAGAAGCAGUACAGGGAGUCAUAUAUCAGCGACGCUCUGGAGGCGGACAUGGAUCAUUUGGAGCAGCGUUCACGUGCCAGCGGCAGCAGUGCAGGCAGCACGUCACGACCCAAUCCCUUUUCACGACACUCCACCACGAGUCAUGGCAGCUCCCGCACAUCCGGCGUUGACACUGACAGUUUCCGAACACCUACAAACACACCCCACCGACCGCUGAGAACACACUCGUCUUCCAACACCAGUCAUGCCAGCACACACACGUCUGGCAUCGAGAGCAGCAGCAAGGAGCACUGCCUGGAUGAAGAUGAGAUUGAGAUGUUGGUUGAUGAUCCGAAAAGUUGUGAAGAUCUUCACGAUUUAGAUCUCAACCAGGAACUGUGUAUUCACAUCACAGAGGACAUGCUGUCAGCACAGAACAACGGAUGCUCUGGGUUAGUGGUGAAGGAAGUCAGUUCUUCCACAUCCAGCUCAUCAGAGACUGUCGUUAGAAUGAGGGGCCAAAGCAUUGAAUGUCUUCCCCAGACGGCGAUGGGCAGGAAGGGCCAGACCUCCGCAGACCGGCACAGCCAAUCACUGGAUGAUGUUCGUCUGUUCCAGAAGAACUGUCAGGAGUGGGCAGAGCUUUGCCAGGACACAGCACAUAGCUAUACGUUUGGCUGCGAGCCAGACCUCGGGGACACGGUGGGCUGUGGGUACCAGGGAAUUGCAGAUCAGUGCGCAGGCAUCCGGAAUAACCAGCAUGCGUUUCCCAUCAAGAGAACCAGCAAGUAUUUUUCUCUGGAUCUGGACAGAGAAGAUCUGACCACAGAACACUUAACCACCGAAGCAGAACCAGAGUUUGUGGUUUAAGGCAGAGAGUAUUGAAAAGAGCCCCAGAACAAAUGAAAAGGAUAGUAAACGGAAAAACAGAAAUUCAGUUAUUUACUAACUGGCUCGUCAUUACAAACCCAGCUUGCUUUCUUCUGUGGAACACAAAAGGGGAAAUUCUGAUAACCGUGCUGGUUGCGCUUUUCCAUGCUGGUACAAUAAAAAAAAAAUGUCAUAAGUUGUAAAUCUUCUGUGCUAUAGACCUGAGGGUAGUGACAUAUUUUAUGUUGGCAGGAAUGAAAAUGAGCUUGCAAGGGAUGAAAGUACAGUGUGUUCAAUGGACUGUGCUCUUGUUUAAUAACAUCCAAAAACACUUUAAGACGAGUUGUAAGAAUUCCCCAUGAUCUAGGAACUUUAUACAGUGUGUGCCAUUUUGAAGACUGUAAGUUUAUCACUUAGAGCCUCGUUUUCAACCAUGUUUAUCCAAAAAGAAAAAUGUUGUUGUCAUUUACUCACGCUAAUGUUGUUCCAAACUUGUAUGCAUUUUUUUCUUCUUCUGCUGAACACAAAAGAAGAUAUUGUGAAGAAUGCUGAUAACCAAACAGUUUAGGUUCCCAUUGAUUUGUUUUCCCAUUUUUUGUUUUUGUCCAUAUAAUGGAAGGCAAUGGGAACCAAAACUGUAUAGUUGCCAGCAUUUUUCAAAAUAAAUGAUUUUGUGUUCCAUACAGGUCAUACAGGUUUGAAAUUACACGAGGGUGAGUAAAUGAUGACACAAUUUUCAUUUUUGGGUGAACUAUCCAUUUAAAUUCAAUAUGACAUCUACGCUGACUAAGAUCUAUAUUUCAGAUCUUCUAAAGACAUAAUUAUUUUUACGAAUGGAUGGUGCUACUUUUAUAUUGCUUUUUGUCUUUUUUCUCGAAGUUUGACAGCCCUGGUUACCAUUUAAUUUCAUUAUACAGAAAAGAGCAGCUUGAACAAUCUGCUAAACAUCUCCUUUUGUGUCCCACAGAAGAGAAAAGAAAUGAUACAGACUUAGAAUGACUGAGUAAAUGACAGAAGUUUUAAUUUUUACGUGAACUAUCCCUUUAAGGUAGUUUAGUACGUGUGUGCGUGUGUAUCCAAAACAAGCAAGAGAAUCUGCAAUAUCCUAAUGCCAAAAUACUAAAAUCUAGGAAAAUCUGCCUUACCAAAGUAUCCAAAAGUGUGUGUGUGUGUGUGUGUGUGUGCUGCCAUAAGUAAACCCUUAGUGCCUUGAAUUCACUAUGCAGGUUCUCAGAACAUAAAACUAAAGUUUCUGCACUCCUGUUUACUUCCAUCCUCGUCUCCAAGGAAGCGCCUCAGUCUUGACUCCUAGAAUAACACUAAACCUAAUGAGCUUUUUGGGGUUGUGGUAACUGAAUCAUGUGAGUAUCAUAAUCAGAGGGCUCAGUGCCGGGUGUGCCGCCCCGCAGGAUGAACGACUGAUGGGAUUUCAGGCCGCCGAGGCUCUUGAUUUAGAGACAUUUGCACACAGCCGAUACUGUUGCUGAUCAAGGGGGAAAAAAUCAGUCUUCCAUAGACUUUCCUUUAGUUUCCCAUUUUCUUUAUGCGUCUGAUGAUUUUAUGUCAAACUGGAAGUUUAUUUCUUUAUGUAGUUUUAUAAAGAAAGACUGCUAUAUGUGUGUUUGUUUUAAUGGUGUGUUGCCUGUCAGUAUUAAGCUGUUAAUGGGAGACAGUAUUAGAAACCUUAUUUAAAGGUUCCAACAUGCAAUUCUUCCAUUUAAACAAAAAAGAGAGUGUAUGGACACUCAAUUUAAAGGAAGGUAGACACUAAAGAUGAAGAACCAGUGCAGAUAAACCCCACUUCCAAUUAAAAGAUCCUCUUUUUUUUUUUUUUUUUUGCAUGGCGGUUUGGAUGGACAGCACUUAAAAGCUCAUGUGCACGUGGGCCUUCGUGUCAUGACUUUGUGCGUUCUGCUGAACAUUAGUGCAGUACCUAUGGAGACCCUCACCUGUCUUCAGAUUCACCUCUCCGCCCCUUUGAAAAGCAGCAAUGAAUUUGAAAUGGCCAAGCUGUCUUAUAAUAAUUUUGGUUGCUGUUGGAGUUCAUGGUGAUUGAACACUUGCAUCGGUUCUGUGUGCAGCCGAUCAUACAUGGGCUCCAUGUACCGUUUACCCUAUGUGUCUGCAGCUAGACUUUGUCCUUUCUGUGAAAGGAAUUCCCUAUGUGAAAAUUAUUUUCCCCAGUUCUUUUGCAGACCCAUUCGACUCAUUUGCUCAUUCAUGACAGUGUAUUCUGUGCCUUGCAGGUGCCAAAGUCCUCAAAUGUUUGCAAUAAAAG